CUUCUUCACGCCGGUGAAUCCUUCUCAUGGUCUUUCCUGUUUCAAAAUGUCGGUGUACGGGCCAAUUGUGAAAAUUCAUCCCGUUGUUCUUGCCUCUAUCGCCGACUCUUACGAGCGGCGAAACGAGGGGGCAAGUCGUGUAAUCGGAACAUUACUGGGAACCAUUGAAAAGCACACUGUCGAGGUCACCAACUGUUUCUCUGUCCCACACAACGAGUCCGAAGAUGAGGUUGCUGUGGACAUGGAAUUUGCCAAAAACAUGUACGAACUCCACAAGAAGGUCUCCCCCAGCGAGGUCAUCAUCGGCUGGUACGCCACAGGAUAUGACAUCACGGAACACUCUGUGCUCAUCCACGAGUACUACAGCCGGGAGGCGCAGAACCCCAUCCACCUGACUGUGGACACGGCCCUGCAGAGCGGCAAGAUGAACAUCCGCGCCUACGUCAGUGCUCAGAUGGGCGUUCCCGGGAAGACGGUGGGCGUGAUGUUCACUCCUCUGACGGUGAAGUACAUCUAUUACGACACGGAGCGCAUCGGCAUUGACCUGCUUCAGAGGACGCGUGCGUCUCCCAACCGGACAAACGGUUUGACCUCUGACCUGGAGCAGGUGGGCACGGCCGCCGCGCGCGUGCAGGACAUGCUGGCCACCGUGCUGACCUACAUCGAGGACGUGCUGUCAGGUAAGGUGAUGGCAGAUAACAGCGUGGGCCGGUUUCUCAUGGACCUGGUGAACAAAGUGCCCAAGAUCUCGGCGGAGGACUUUGAGACCAUGCUCAACUCCAACAUCAAUGACCUGUUGAUGGUGACGUACCUGGCCAACCUCACCCAGGCCCAGAUCUCGCUGAAUGAGAAGCUGGUGGUUCUCUGAGCUGAGCCUCACCUGUAUAUUCCUCCUGUAGCUCUAUUCAAUAAAAGUCUGAAGUGUU